CAGAUCUAGCACAUGAUUGCAUCUGAAGCAAACCAAGAUUCCCUAGUCAUAGAUCUUGAACUUUUGGACUACUGAUUCUUUCUAACUAGUAUAAAGGGUGUCAAGUUGCACUCAUUUCCUUAGCUCUUAAACUUCCUAACUAGAUUAGAUCUGGAUCUUUCUGCACCACUCAUUGCCUUCUUGGGAAACAUGUCAACUUUCUUGAUAAGGAUACUUCUUCCUUUGCUUAUCAUAGCAAUUACUAUUCCUCAAUGGUCAGAGGCAGAGUCGGAACAAUGGUGCAUAGCGGAUGAACAAACGCCAGACGAUGAGUUGCAGGCAGCCUUAGACUGGGCUUGCGGGAAAGGUGGAGCAGACUGCAGCAAAAUGCAGCAGGAAAACCAGCCUUGCUUCUUGCCCAACACAAUGAGGGAUCAUGCCUCCUUUGCUUUUAACAGUUAUUACCAAACUUAUAAGCACAAAGGUGGUUCUUGUUACUUCAAAGGAGCUGCCAUGAUCACUGAGCUUGACCCCAGUCAUGGUUCUUGCCACUAUGAGUAUAACCCCUGAUUCCAAUGAGACAGCCAAAACGAGAUACAACAAGAUGAAUAACUAUGAUUUUGCAUUUAUACAUUUUCUCUAUGUAAUGUUUUCUUUCCAAAUGAGUAUCCAUGUACUAUGCUUCAUUGGGAAACUGUUCUACCAUUACUCUUCAAUCUGAGAUACAACAACCUGUUUUCUA